CUCUGUCACAGGUCUGUGCACACAUGGAGCAAGGCCUUGGGGCUGCUCCCGGCUGGGCCACAAGGUCCAACCAGACCCUGAUGACAGAGUUCGUGCUUCAGGGCUUCUCGGAGCUCCCCCGCCUGCGGCUGCCCCUUUUCGGCUGCUUCUUCUCCCUCUACACCGUGGCGCUCACGGGCAACGCUGUGAUCAUCGCUGUGGUCAGCCACAGCGCCAGCCUCCAAAGCCCCAUGUACUUUUUCCUCUGCAAUCUAGCUGCCAUGGAUAUUGUUUGCACCUCAUCUGUGCUGCCCAAGGCACUGGCGGGCCUGGCCUUCGAGGAAAACACCAUCUCCUUCCCUGGGUGCAUGGCCCAACUGUUCUUCCUCACCUGGUCCGCAUCUUCCGAGCUGCUGCUGCUGACGGCCAUGGCCUAUGACCGCUACGUGGCCAUCUGCCGCCCGCUGCACUACAGCUCGCGGAUGAGCCCGCGGCUGUGCCGGUCGCUGGCCGUGGGCGUGUGGGCCGUCUGUGCCCUCAACGGGUCGCUGCACGCUGGGCUGAUGACGCAGCUGUCCUUCUGUGGCCCCAACGUUAUUGCACAUUUCUUCUGCGAGAUCCCCCCACUCCUGCUGCUCUCCUGCAGCCCCACACUCGUGAACAGCAUCAUGACUGUCUUAGCUGAUGCCUUCUAUGGAGUCGUCAACUUCCUGCUCACCCUGCUGUCCUAUGGCUGCAUUGUCGCCAGCAUCCUGCGCAUGCGCUCGGCUGCAGGGAGGCAGCGGGCCUUCUCAACCUGCUCCUCCCACCUUCUGGUGGUCUCCGUGUACUACUCCGCAGUGUUCUGUGCCUAUAUCAGCCCGGCCUCCAGCUAUAGCCCUGAGAGAAGCAAGGUGUCCGCAGUGCUCUACACGAUGCUGAGCCCCACUCUGAACCCCAUCGUCUACUCUCUGAGGAACACGGAGGUUAAACAUGCCCUGGGGAGACUUGUGCAAGCUCUUCUCUGCCAUGGGGCCCGUGGGCUGCCUCCCUGAGACCAGCUUGGAGGAGAAAGAGCUGGCUGUCAUCCUCUCAGUACCCUUACCCUUGAGUUGGGGCCCUUUGCACCCAACAAGUCCUCAGCUGCAGAACUGUAGACCCAGGUCCUGGGAGGUGGCCUUCUUGUAUCCAGGGAAACGUCUCUCCACCCCUGGGUGGCUUCCAGGAACCUGACCCUAAACCUUCCUCAAGGUUCUUCUCAACUCAGCUUUUCCUUGGUUGUCCCAAC